GCUAAACUAGUUGGACUAGAAGCACACUGUCACGAAACACCACAGAGGCUAGCUACCUAGCUACGUAUUGAAAAUGAUUAGCAUAGCUAAGCUACCUUAGCUGGCUACGAAUUUUACACUCAUGCCGUAUUACGCACUAGUAGGUGUAUAGUGUUCUGGUUGCUUAGUCAUGUAUCAGUCGUAUUAGCUUAACGUUCGUAUGCUAUCUAGCUAGCUAUCCCCUGUUACCUAGUACAAUCUAGUUAGCUAAAAUAGCUGUUGGUUGUCACCUGACCUGCGAUUAUUGGUAACUACUUUAGGCUAACGUUACGUUAGCUAGUAGUAGCUAGGCUAGUCUGUUUUGUUGCCAGUGCUGCUUCAAACGUAGAGCUAGGGCUAACCGAGAAGGAGACUAGGUUGGAGUGGGAGCAUAAUGGUUUCAAAGCGGGUGUCAUGAAAUAGGUAUUUGGAAGCAGCCAAACAUGGGUGACAUGAAGACACCAGAUUUUGAUGAUCUUUUGGCUGCAUUUGACAUCCCUGAUGCCACCAGUUUGGAUGCCAAAGAGACCCUUCCGCAUAGUCAAGACGAGGCGGAGGGCCAGCUGAAACAUACAGGGAUGUGUGUGGACAAUGGAUUACGUUUUCACCAAACGGUGGGUACAUCGGAUGUUCCUGCUGUUAGUGUUAUUGUGAAAAACACAAGUCGCCAGGAGUCACUAGAAAGUGUUGCAGAGAGAGAAGGACAACACUUGGGACCCCCACUACAAAAUGGUUUCAAAGGACCAGGCACCUUCAUGGAGUCUCAUCAGUUAUCUCAUUGUGGCUCCUCAAAGUCGUUCAUGUCCACAUUAAAUGGUGACAGUUCUGGGGGACUUUUAGGAAAGGCCCCCAUCCAGAACAAGCCAGAAGGAACACCAUCCUUUUCCCAGUCCUGUAACCAGUUCAGUCCCAUUUCUAGUCCUGAAUCGGAAGACACACAAAGCAAUUGUCUGGAUGUAUGUCCAAAACAAGAGCAACCUUUCUUCCCAGAUGUUUCUGUCUCUACAUCUAUCAAACCACCAUCGUCUGAUAAUCAGAAAAAACAGCAGUACAUGUUUGACAGCUGGCAUAAAGAAGACUGUGAUGCACAUGGGGACAAUAUGGAAUGUAGUGGAAAAUCCACCAAAGCAGAAAAGAAGCCUGACAACCAUGUCAGAGAACAUCAAGAUAAGACAGAUUGUCAAAGCAGUUCUGUAAAUGCCAUAAAUAAUCAACAUAGCGUUGGGAUUAACUGUAAUACAAGAGCAGAGCCAGUAGUUUCCUCCCCUAAUCCGUCUGUCAAAUCAUCCAAACUGUCCUCAUGUCUAGAGGCACUAGUGGCUCUGAAUGCCAGGAAGGAUUCCAGUGAGCAAACAAACCCGAGAGAUUCACCAUUGGCUCGUAAUGCCACUACCUUUAGUCAAAAGGUAACUCUCUCUCCACUGAGCCCCCGCAGUCCUCUGGAGGCAGUGAAGCGAAUGAUGAGACAAUCCGAAAGCCCUGUAAGCCUUGGUAGUGACUGCAGUGACAAAGCCUCUCCACCAGCACUGGUGUCUGGCUCACCACCAGCCAUACCAAGGGUCAGAAUUAAGACCAUCAAAACCACCACAGGGCAAAUCAAACGCACAGUUACCAGUGUGCUGCCUGAUUCGGAAACAGAGGAAGUCCAGUCAGCCUGUGAUUCCUCUCCGUCCCAGAGUAUGAUUACCGAGACCUACUCUAGUAUAUCUCCCUGUCAGUCUCACAAUGUGAGCGAUGAUCCUAUUGGUGUCCCGAUCAGAGGUGCGUUGGUGGUUACCCCAUCAGCAGCAGUUUCCCCUGUGAAAUCAGAGGGGAACUCUAAGAAGACAGGAAUAACGCCAUCCCCAACAAUUUUCCAUAAUGUAGGUGGCCCUGCAAUGAGAUCUGUACCUGGUUCUCAACAGGGGCAGAAACAGAAGAGAAGUACAUCCUGUCAAGCAGGGAAUGCUACCAACACAAAUUUCCUUCCCAAAGCAAUGCACUUAGCUAAUCUUAACCUGGUCCCUCACAGUGUCGCAGCCUCAGUCACUGCACGGUCCACACAUCAACAAAACCAACAACAUGCAAUCUCUUCUGUGGUGUGCAACACUGUCCCUCUUGUGCACCAAGUGAAGAAAGCGACCCCUAUUCCACGCACUGCAAUCCCCAGCUCGGCAGCAGGAACCCUCAACAGGCUCUUGAACAAUACCAACCCUGUGCCGACGUACGUGCCCAACCUGAAUCCUCCACCUGAGAGCAACAUUAGCUUGCCGCCCCGUGGAUAUUGCUGCCUCGAGUGCGGCGACUCGUUUGGCGUGGAGAAGAGUCUUGCCUAUCACUAUAGCAGGAGAAGUGUUCACAUUGAGGUUGCCUGCACCCACUGUGCAAAGUCGCUGGUGUUCUUCAACAAGUGUGCCCUGCUGGCACACGCACGGGAACACAAAAACAAAGGGAUGGUGAUGCAGUGCUCUCAGCUUGUUAUGAAGCCUAUCGCUGAACGACAGAUGUUCGUGCCCUUGAGGACUGAGUCGUCACUAUAUGUGGGUUCUCACAUGCCCCUGUCUUGCUCAGCUAAAGGGCAACCGGUCAUGCCCUUAUAUCCUGAUAAAGUCAUCAGACACAGACUGCGUUGCCUGGAGUGUAACCAACAGUUGUCUGACUACAGAGCAUUGGCAGGCCAUUACCAGAGGCUUUCAGAUGAGAAGGACGGACUGAUGUGCAAGGUGUGCUCAAUGCUGUUGCCCAACAAGUGUAGCUACAAAGCUCACCAACGCAUCCAUGCACACAAGUCUCCUUACUGCUGCCCCGAGUGUGGUGCCCUCAGUCGCUCUGUGGACAUACAGAAGCAUGUGAAGGAGAACUGCCUACACUAUGCACGCAAGGCUGGCUACAAGUGUCUUCACUGUGAGAGGGUUUUCACAUCAUUUAAUGUGCACAAGAGGCACAUAGAAGAGAAACACUGUGAAGUUUUCCACAAGUGCUCCAUCUGUCCAGUUGCUUUCAAGUCUUCUGAAGGUUGUCAAAUGCAUAUGAAAAAUAAGCACAGUGCCAGCAAAUUGUCUCCUCAGUCAAUCUUUAAGUGUUGUUGUGAAAAGGUUUUCAAGAAGAAACAGUUGUUGUUUCAGCACUUCCAUCAAAAUGCCAAAAUGUUUGCCACUUGUGUAUUUAAGUGUCCUGAGUGCACAUCAGUAUUCACCCACAAGCUACUGUUAAUGCAUCAUUUUAAGAGUGUACAUGGUGGAAUCUUCAGGGAGGAACCUGAAAAAAGUACCAAACCAACUGAAAGGACGUCUAAACACCCAGAUGUUACUUUAGCACCCAGUCAGCAGAAGGUUCCCUCUGAUGUGACCAGAAAGAAGGCCAACUUGACAGCUCGGGUUAGUAAGCCUAGUGUGAAGAGUGCUGGUUGGACGUGUGGAGAGUGCCUGCUCUGGCUACCUGACCGUGACGCAUAUCUAUCCCACAUGAAGAACAGCCAUGGAAGGUCAUUGAAGAGGUAUCCAUGUCGAAAGUGUGAUAGAUCUUUCAAUUCUUCAACAAGUUUGAGAAGACACAUACGCAAUGACCAUGAUGUACAGAAGAAAACUUACAUCUGCUGGUAUUGCACAAAUGAGAAGACAAUAUUCAACUCAAAUGUGAUGUUGAGAAACCACAUCAGUUUGAUGCAUGGUAUCAAAAACCCUGACUUUAGCCUAAUGCCAGACACAGCUACACAGUGUAAGACAUUGGGAGAGGAGCUUAUCUCCAAAAGGCCUGCCAUGGACACCCAUAGAGAGCAACAAGACUGUGUUACUUGUCCAGGAAGCUUCUCAGCCAAGCGUCUGAAAAAGCAAUUUCGUUGCUCCAAGUGUGGCUUCGUCACAGAAGACGGGACACAAUUCCUGCAGCACAUACCUCAGCACAAACUGGACGAUAACACUCCUCAGUGCCUUCACUGUGGACUGUGUUUUGCAUCUCAGCUGUCUCUCAACCGACACCUUUUCAUCGUGCACAAAGUGAAAGAGUCUGAGGAGGUGUGGAGAGAGAAGGUGAACAGGCCAGAGGUCAGAGAGGAGGAGCAAGAAGAGGAGAAACGAGGAGAGAAGCUGAAAUCGGCAAUGGGGAAUGAAACGAAGAACUUGCUGCCACUGACUGUUGAAACUGUCCUUUCACAGAGCAGAGACACUACAAGGUUGCACUUGGAGAACACCAAUGACUCUAAUUCCACAUACAGCUCUCACCUCGAGUCAGCAGAAACAGUUUCCCAGCAACAACAGAUAUAAGAUGAGAUAUGACUUUGAACCUCUUGAAAGCUGCUAGUGUAUCAAUUGUUUUUAGUAAUAGGUAUCUUAACUUUGGUCUUUUGAAGGCAUGCAUCUCAAACAAAUGCUUCACUUACAAUUCCAAGUUGUUCCAUCUAUUUAUUCAGUCUAGGAGACGGGUUAGUUACAGUUAGGAGAAUUCAAUUAACGUGUGUGAACAAACAUGUAGCCCAACAUUUUAAAUCUGUUAUUUUAAAUUAGCAGCAUGUUUGCAUUAUAGCCUUAGCAUAGUAGUAUCUGCUUUAUCAGGUCCUGGUGCAUGCAGUAAACAUCAAUGUAACAGUAUUGUUUAGAAUUCUUCCCUGAAUGGCCCUACACACCCCAACUCCUCCGACUCAGGGAUGUUGAUUUGUCUCUCAGGCUGUGUCAAAUCUAUCAGAACAAAAAAAGGAAAUGGGCCAUGCUUUAGGUAUGUGCAGCCAUUCUAUGCUGACUUUCCAUGCAGUAUCUCACCAAAGGCUUUACACCACAGAUGAUUCAGUUUCUUGUAGGUUGUGGCAAUGCUGUACCAAGCAGACUAAAAUACUUUUAUUUUGUCGUCUACAAGUGAGUUAUUUACCCAAAAUCAAAAAGGAGUUUAUGGAAAAAAGUAAUACAUUAUACCAUGAAUAUCUCAUUUUCCAAGUGUUUUAAGCAUGAUUUAAUCUCACAAGUAUUGUAAAUAAGUAGUUGUUGCAUGUAAGGUGAUGUUUUCUUCAUUUGUGCAUUUUGUAUUUAGAGUCAACGAUAACAUGGAAUGGCAGUGUUGCUAAUGAACUAAACAUUUGUCUGAUAUUUAUUUGAGGCAAUUGAAAGAGCAGAAACCAGGAUAAAUUGCACAGGUAUGUUGUUGAAAUGGGGAAAGUUUUUUAGUGCGUGUGAAAUAUCAGAAGCUGCAAAAUGACCGGUGUGGAUAUUCCUACCUCUAAAGCUAUGCCAGUGACGUUCAACAUGACAUAGCUUCGGAGAGUUUUUCAGUGUCUUAGUUAUGUACAAAUUAUUCUCCCACUUCAUUGAAUUUUAUGAAUGAUAUUGGGGAUUUAUAUAUUAAUGGUCACAUUGACCUAUCUAGCUAUGAAUUUUCUAUUCAAUUGUAUGAACUGUUAUAUUUCAAGUUACAACAGUGUUUGUCAUUUAAACAUCACAUACGCUAUUAAACCUCAUGAAAUGUAUACUUUUCACAUCUGACUGUUUUUGUAUUGCCUGUAGAAAUAACUUUGUACUUUUGAUUUUCUAUACAGUAACCAUAGUUAACUUACCUCAAUAGCUAAUGAACCCUAUAUUAGCAACACAUAUUUAGUCAUCACAUAUGUUUAACUUAGUACAGUAUAGGACGUUGUGCCUUACUGGUAUGUUUACUGCAAUAAAAUUGGUCACUGAUUUGUGAAUUGGAUUUCACUUUGUGGCA